AUGGUGAGAAGCUUCAAAACUGCAUACGCAAACAGAGCUAUGACAGAUAAAGAUAAACUGACAUGUACAUUAUUCAAAAUAAGGCAGAAAUAUCCUUCACUUACAAAGCGCAGGAAUAGGUUCAUAGUUAGUGAAGAGGACCUGGAGAACGGCGAGGACGUGGCCACCUGCCCCAGCUGCUCCCUGAUCCUGCGCGUUAUUUACGACCAGGAACAGUUCAUGCGUGAUGAAGUCAUUGCAGAACCUUUGACAAACAAGGAAUUGAUUAAAUGCUGA